UGGGGUUAGUUGGAUUCUCAUUUUAUAAUAUAAACAGUAUUGAAAAUUGGAGUGUACCUUCUUUGAUAUUACAACUGAAGUUCCCGUAAAUUAAACAGCUGAUUGGAUCAAUUAUUUGUAUAAAAAAAGAAAAACAACGAAAUAUAUGAAUAAGUAAUACAUCAACAAAACAGUGAGUUUUAUUUUCAUAGCUACUUUGACAUGGAGAAUAAUCGGCAAACAACUCGAAAUUCUGUCAAUACAGAAUUAACAUCAACUCAAAUUAAUGCUGUUGAAGAUAUGGUAGUUGUACCAUCUAGUUCGCAGGCAGAAGAUACUUCCUCUAUGGCUACUUCUGAGGUAACAAAUAAUAUUCAAACGCCUUUAAUCAUCAAUGGUGCUGGUAUGCAUUUAGAAAGACCAAGGGUGAUACUAGUCGCUAAUUCAAUAAUAAGACACUGCUCUCCUCAAUUGGUACACAUCAUAAACCCAAAUCCUCAUGUGCAUAUAGGAGAAGAAGAUGUAAACAACACUUUCCAUCGCCGUUGUAUUGAACUGAAAUAUGAACUUUUGAAACGAAAAUUAAAUUUAUUAAAACUCAAAAGAGACGGUCUAGCUAAACAAUUCGAUACAAGAAUGAAACUUCUCAAAACUCGUAUUUAUUUUGAGAAAAAGAAACUAUAUAUAUUUCGUAAAAAAUAUAGGUGUUAAUUUUUUUUAAACAUUUUUCAAGUUUAUAAAAAAGGAUCAUUGAGGAAAGAAAAUUUUCUUAUAAUUUCGAAUAAAUAUUACUUCAGACUUUCCUAUAAAAUUCUCCAUAUCAUUUAACGACUACUAUUGUAUGUUGAAUCGUUUUCUGUAACCUUUGACACUAUGGGAUUGUUUUAAAAUAUAUACAGGGUGGUCUAGAAUUGAUGUUUAUUAACUUAUAGAGCUGCGAGUACUUUUUCAUUUAUUUAUUUCUAAAUCUCUAAUAUAUCAUUCUCUUUUUGAAUGUCAGGAUUGUGGUAAAAUUAAUUGCUGUAUUCUAUAGUUCGAUAUAGAAUGAGUAUUAAAAAUCAAAGAAACAUGGAGGUUUUAGAUAUUAAUUUAUUAUAUCUUCAUAUUGUACUUCCCUUUGAAAACAUUCAGAAAAAUCGGUAUUUUUGUAUAAAAAGGGUCUAAUAGUUAGUCUUUCAUCUAAAAAAACUGUUCAUAUUUAAUUUUCCCACAAUUGGUGGCGGAUAGUGAAAUUGCACAUUCCCAAAUUUGAUUCUAUCUCCCAUUGGAAAACAGUAUUUUAGCCCAGUUUGAUACACAUUUUCAUUGUUUAAUUAACAAUAAUUUGAAGUAUUUAAAUUUUAAUAUGUGAAAGUAAUGAAAAAUGCCUACAAACUAAAGAUUUUAUAACAUUUUUUUGAAAUUCUAUUUAUAAAUAUUUUCGUUCCCAUGUCGACGUACAUAAGUAACACCAUAAUUAGGAUACAUGUUCAAGUGAAUUCUUCUUCUCAGAUUUUGAUUUUUCCCUUUUCCGGAGAAAUUGCAUUUGACAGCAGUUUGAGCGUUUCACUGUCUUUCAUAAAGAAUUAGAAAAAGCUAAAAUGUCACCAAAAAAGUUCUAGCUUUUGAGCUUAGACUUUUUCCAUCUUUUUUUUAUAAUUUUAUGAGACUUGUUUAAAUCAUUUUUCUAUUUUUCUACUACUUCCUGGAUUCCACUGUAGCAUUGACAAAGAUUAGGUCCUUUUCGACUUCUUUUAACCAUUUUUCUCCAUCUUCUUUUAACCACUUUUCUCUUCGUCUUGUUUCAACCACUUUCCUCUUCGUCUUCUUUCAACCGUUUUUCUUUUAUCUCCUGGAUCUCAUUUUAGCAAUAACAAGUAUUAGACCCUUCUUUACUUGUUUUAGUUCUAAAAAUACAUGUACAUAAUUUUGGACAAGAUUGUAUGUAUAUAAAUUUUCUACAAGAAAUUCAUUGAAAUGAAAACGAUGAAAAGCAUCAAAAUACUUCAUUUAUAUUCUUGUGUCAAUUUUUAUGAUUUCAUCAUGGUUUUUCUUCGUUCUGUUCAUUCUUCUUCUUUAUCGGCAAUCUGUCAGCAGCAAUGCAAAAGAAUUGAAGGAAAUUUUUAUUGAACCAGGUUCGCAUCAUCUUCCUGCGCCUCUUUUCCCAAAUAUUUUGCUUUGUAGGAUGGCUUGGAUCGAUGCAUAUUAUCUGGAUUCAUUUCCCAUUAUGUGGCUGAAGUAGUUUGCGAAUUUCUAUCGUUAUCAUCACUUAUUUUUCCAAUCUUCUGAGGACUUCUUCAUUUGUUACUUGGACAGUUCAGUUCUUGACUAUUUGUGAGAGGGAUUGGGAUUCUUGAAGAAGGCACUCACCUAUUUUCUAUAUAUUUUUCACAUUUUCAUUUUUAAAUGAAUAAUCUUACUAUUCUUAAGGUGUGUAUCUUUCAGAUACAGUCAAUAUAAGCUGCAGUUUCGCUAGUCUAUAUUUCACAAUCAGUUUUCAUAUUUCAUUAUUCAUAAUAAAUUUUUACAAUUGAACAAUUCACAAAAUAUGUAUUUCCAAUUCUGUAAGCUAUAUAUCUAUAUCAAAUUUUCAAGAUAUAAUGUUUUUGUCAAUAAUAACCUUCAGCUCGAAAUUCCAUUAAGACAACUUACCAUUAAGACUUAAGACCAUUAGCUUAGAAAUUAAUUGAAAAGAAGCAGUUCCAAUGUAGAAAUCAUUUUCCAAUUUUUCAGACACACCUCGUAUAUCUACAUAUACAGGAAACUGGAGAAAUAUUUAAAAGAUGUAUGUUUUUUUCAAACUGUAUUUCAAAAUUUUCGAAACUUAUUAAUAAUAGCAAGAAUUUUCAUAUUUUGACUUUGAUUUGUUAAAACCUACAUUAUGUAGCUAUAAUACUUGAUUCAAUUACCUUUGUUACGCUAGUAUUUAGUUAAAAAGUUUUCAGUUUUAUCUGAAAUUGAUUAUUACUUUUUAUUUCAUACACAUUCCAAAUAAAUAUUAUUUUAAUAAUAAUAAAUUUAUUUAUAAUAAGUAAUAAGUCAAGUACUUAUUUAAAUUGUUGGAUUCUCAUCAACAAUAAAAGUUCUGAAAAUAUUUUGUGCAAACACGUUAGACUGUAUCAAUUGAAUUUAUUUAUUGAAAUGUAAGAGUUUUUUUAUAUAAAUAAAGAGAUGAAUGUAUGUUUUGUUUGAAUA